GCUCGCAAACUUAACCACUCGGCCACGGAGCUGGCCCCUGGGUUGUUUUUUUUUUUAAUGCAUUCUCAUGGUGUUAAUAGGUUCCUCUACCUUCUGCAUUUCCUAUAAAUUGUUGGUUAGAUUUAGAAUAGUGAUUCUCAAAGUGUUAUCCCCUGACCAACAGAAUCAGCAUCACUUGGGAACUUGUAGGAGGUGCUAAUUCCUACUCACCUCAGAGAGGCUAACCAUCAAGGUCACCAUCUUGGUGAGGCCUAGCAUCCCAUUUUUGUGAAGUCACCCACUGUGUAGAAAGGCCAAAAUAACUGGGAUGGGGAGGGGUGAAAUAUUGGGUGAGGUAGUGUUUGGUCUCUUAAUGGGAUGGCAUGCAAGUAUUCCUAGAUUUUUUUUUCUAGCAGUGAAAAAUUUGAAUUUUUUUUUUUUUGCAUAGUGUCAGAACAAAUGGAAUGGUGGACUUACAGUUAAAUAGUUAACAGCUGAUUUAAUGUACUUUGAAAGCUGUAUCAUUAGUUGUGGUACACUGUUCCCUGCCUUUCUCAGAAAAUUGAAGGGACAAGUGUUCACUUUCCCUCAAUGCUUAGGCCCUCAAAUCUUGACACUUUCUAGAAAACAAGGUAGCUCAGAUAUGGCAAACCCUCCUCUACAGUUUCUGGUUGCCUACAUACUUGGCAGCCAAGGGCACCUGGUGUAGAAAGAUCCUUGGCUGGGCCCUUUGGUGGCACCAACGGCUUGUCAAGUUUCCAUAGAGAGUAAAAGCCAGGUUUGUUUUGCCAGAAGAGAUCCUUCUGAUCUUACUGGAAAGGGUCAUUCCAGGGCUGGCCAUCCUGGCAGACAAUCAGGACCUACUCAAACAAUUGAACCAGGACCAAUAGAUGGAACUGAACUUUUGUGAACUCAUGGAGUAAACACAACUUGCCUACCAAGUUGUGAGAUCAGACUUUGUUUUCCAAAGCCCCAGUGAACAAAAUUGACAUAAAUCACUUUAAACCUAUCUUGAUACUCCUUUGUAAAAAACAAAAAAGUGAAGGAUAGGCUGUACGCAUUUGUUAACACUCAUAGCACUGAACCCCAAAAGAGAAUGGAUUUUACUGUAUAUAAAUUUUUAAAAAGUGAAUUAAAAAAGGAGCACUUAGAUAAACAGAAUGAUAAAAUGUGACCACAACUUGUUAGAGUUUUCCUACAUAUUAAAACACAACGAUAUUGGAAAGUCAUUUUUCAGUGGAAAAAAUUCCCAACUCUUUAAUUUGGAAAGUAGGUAGUUUGGCUUCUGUUUCAAAUGAAGAUAUGUUGUCUGAAAAAGUAACAUGUCAGUGGGGGGACAAAGUGAGGAAGGGCGCAGAGAUGGGAGCUUAAUUUUCCAUUCUACCCUUGAUGGACAUUUGGGUUGCUUCCAAGUUUGAGCACCUGCAAACCAUGCUAUAUAAACAUCCUUGUUCAUGUGCCCUGGUACACACGUACAAAAGUGAAAUUGCUUGGUCCUUAGGUAUGUGUAUUUUCAUCUUUAUUAAAUAUUGCCACACUGUUUUUACAGAGUGGCUGUACCGGUUUGCACCCUCACCAGCAGGAUGGGUCCCCUUGGCAGGAUUCAAGUGUGCCCCCUUAGGGAAUGUGGGGAGGUAAGCCUUGGGAGGAAUGAGGAAGCCAGGCAGGGGAAGGCCUUGGGUGCCAAUCCAAGGAGUUCAGACUUUAUUUGACUGCACUGGGAAGCCACUGGUGAUUUUGGAACACGGAACAAAAUGCAGACAUGAGGUUUUAGAAAGGUGCGAGUAUAUCUGUAGGAUAACUUUCCAGACAACCGCUGCCACCCAAAGCAACAGAGCGAGUGACUGGCCUUCCUGAGACUCAGAUCGUGGCUUCCAGUGCUGAGUGUGAAGUCAUGAAGGUGGAGGAGGAGAGGGCUGGAGUAGGGAAGCUGGACCCCACUAACUACAGGAGGAGGUGUCAGGAUCAGGAAGUGCCCACAGACUGCCGUUCCAUCCACAUCGGACUUUCAGUUCCCACUUACCCUCAAAGGAAAAGAGACCAAAGGGGACAUCUUUCAGGCCUACAAAAGGUCCGCUGGGGCCUGCAGCCGGACAAGCCACAGCAGGAACUGACCAGUGCAGGGAGCAUGGGAAACAGCCGAGACAGCAGCGUGGAGCAUGUCAGCAGGACCCGAUCUCCAGCUGCUGAGCAGCUCCAGGACAUCCUGGGGGAGGAAGAUGAGGCUCCCAACCCCACCCUCUUCACAGAGAUGGACACCCUGCAGCACGACGGAGACCAGAUGGAGUGGAAGGAGUCAGCCAGGUGGAUAAAGUUUGAAGAAAAGGUAGAGGAGGGAGGCGAACGCUGGAGCAAGCCCCACGUGUCCACACUGUCCCUGCACAGCCUCUUCGAGCUCCGGACGUGCCUGCAGACGGGAACGGUGCUGCUGGAUCUUGACAGUGGCUCCUUACCACAGAUCAUAGAUGAUGUCAUUGAGAAGCAAAUCGAGGACGGCCUCCUGCGGCCGGAGCUCCGGGAGAGGGUCAGCUACGUCCUCCUGAGGAAACAUCGUCACCAAACCAAGAAGCCCAUCCACCGCUCCUUGGUUGACAUCGGAAAGUCAGUCUCCUCCACCACCAAUCGCAGCCCAGCCCGGGGCCCUGCUGCAGGCCCAAGCCUACACCACUCCACGGAGGACCUGAGGAUGCGGCAGAGCGCAAGUUAUGGCCGUCUGUGUCACGCCCAGAGCAGAAGCAUGAAUGAUAUUUCUCGCACCCCAAACACAGACCAGAGGAAAAACAAAUUCAUGAAGAAGAUCCCCAAGGACUCAGAAGCCUCCAAUGUGCUCGUGGGCGAGGUGGACUUCCUGGACCAGCCAUUCAUCGCCUUCGUGCGUCUCAUCCAGUCGGCCAUGCUGGGCGGAGUGACCGAGGUGCCCGUCCCCACCAGAUUUCUGUUCAUACUGCUGGGACCUUCUGGGAGAGCAAAAUCCUACAAUGAAAUUGGCCGCGCCAUUGCAACGCUCAUGGUCGACGAUCUCUUCAGUGACGUGGCCUAUAAAGCCCGAAACCGGGAAGAUCUGAUUGCGGGGGUUGAUGAGUUUCUGGAUGAGGUCAUCGUUCUCCCCCCUGGAGAAUGGGACCCCAAUAUUCGGAUUGAGCCACCCAAGAAGGUGCCCUCUGCUGACAAGAGGAAAUCCGUGUUCUCCCUGACGGAGCUGGGCCAAAUGAAUGGCUCAGUGGGGGGAGGCGGCGGCGGCGGCGGCGGGGCGGCUGCAGGAGGCGGCGCUGGAGGCGGUGGUGGUGGCGGAGGGGCCAGCGGAGGGAGCAGCAGGGAUGAUGGAGACAUGCCAGCCGUCCACGAAAUCGGGGAGGAGCUUAUCUGGACAGGAAGGUUCUUCGGUGGCCUGCUUCUGGAUGUCAAGAGGAAGCUGCCCUGGUUCCUAAGUGACUUCUACGACGGCUUCCAUAUUCAGUCCAUCUCUGCCAUCCUAUUCAUCUACCUCGGCUGCAUCACCAAUGCGAUCACCUUUGGUGGGCUUCUGGGGGAUGCCACUGACAAUUAUCAGGGAGUGAUGGAGAGCUUCCUGGGCACUGCCAUGGCCGGCUCCUUGUUCUGCCUCUUCUCGGGACAGCCUCUCAUCAUCCUCAGCAGCACAGGGCCCAUCCUCAUCUUCGAGAAGCUCCUCUUUGACUUCAGCAAAGGCAAUGGCCUGGACUACAUGGAGUUCCGCCUCUGGAUUGGCCUACACUCAGCCAUCCAGUGCCUUAUCCUGGUGGCCACAGACGCCAGCUUUAUCAUCAAGUAUAUCACCCGCUUCACCGAGGAGGGCUUCUCCACCCUCAUCAGCUUCAUCUUCAUCUACGAUGCCAUCAAGAAGAUGAUCGGUGCCUUCAAGUACUACCCCAUCAACAUGGACUUCAAGCCCGACUCCAUCACCACCUACAAAUGCGAGUGCGUCGCCCCGGAUACAGCAAAUACAACUGUGUUCAAUGCUUCAGCCCUGCUGCCACCAAACACCAACUCUUCUCUGUACAACCCCCUUAACCUCACAGCGCUGGACUGGUCCCUGCUGAGCAAGAAGGAGUGUCUGAACUACGGUGGGCGCCUGCUCGGGAACUCCUGCCAGUUCGUCCCAGACCUGGCUCUCAUGUCUUUCAUCCUUUUCUUCGGGACGUACUCCAUGACCCUGACCCUGAAGAAGUUCAAAUUCAGCCGCUAUUUCCCUACCAAGGUCCGGGCCCUGGUAGCUGACUUUUCCAUUAUCUUCUCCAUCCUGCUGUUCUGUGGAAUCGAUGCCUGUUUCGGCCUGGCAACCCCCAAGCUGCACGUGCCCAGUGUCAUCAAGCCCACGCGGCCUGACCGAGGCUGGUUCGUGGCCCCCUUCGGGAAGAACCCGUGGUGGGUGUACCUGGCGAGCAUCCUGCCCGCCCUGCUGGUGACCAUCCUGAUCUUCAUGGACCAGCAGAUCACGGCCGUCAUAGUCAACCGGAAGGAGAACAAGCUGAGGAAGUCUGCCGGCUACCAUCUGGACCUGUUCUGGGUGGGCAUCCUCAUGGCCCUAUGCUCCUUCAUGGGGCUGCCCUGGUACGUGGCUGCCACGGUCAUCUCCAUCGCCCACAUCGACAGCCUCAAGAUGGAGACGGAGACCAGUGCCCCUGGGGAGCAGCCCCAGUUCCUGGGAGUCAGGGAGCAGAGAGUAACCGGCACCAUCGUCUUCAUCCUGACGGGGAUCUCCGUCUUCCUGGCUCCCAUCCUGAAGUACAUCCCCCUGCCGGUGCUGUAUGGGGUCUUCCUCUACAUGGGCGUGGCCUCCCUGAAUGGCAUCCAGUUCUGGGAUCGCUGCAAGCUCUUCCUGAUGCCGGCCAAGCACCAGCCGGACCACGCCUUCCUGCGGCACGUGCCCCUGCGCCGGAUCCACCUCUUCACCCUGGUGCAGAUACUCUGCCUGGCGGUGCUGUGGAUCCUCAAGUCCACCGUGGCCGCCAUCAUCUUCCCCGUCAUGAUCCUGGGCCUCAUCAUGGUCCGAAGGCUGCUGGACCUCAUCUUCUCCCAGCAUGAUCUGGCCUGGAUUGACAACAUCCUCCCAGAGAAGGAGAAAAAGGAGACAGAGAAGAAGAAGAAGAGAAGGAAAGGGGCCCAUGAGGACAGUGACGAGGAGCCCCAGUUCCCUCCUCCCUCAGUUGUAAAGAUUCCCAUGGAAAGUGUCCAAUCAGAUCCCCAAAACGGUAUCCACUGCAUCGCCAGAAAAAGAUCUUCCAGUUGGAGUUACUCAUUCUGAUUCUCCCUUCAGUGACUCAGACCUCGAUCGAAGCAUCACCUUGCACUUCAAAAUUUCCUGUCCAGCUUCACCUGCUUUCAGCUACCCACAGAGCCCAGUGUUCAUGGUGCCACAGGUGAAGAUAGAGAUGGAGUCGGACCGUGACUUCACAGACACGGACAGAUACGGAAGAGAAGCCGAUGGCGAGACCAUCCUCUAGGACACAGAUUCCCCCAGACAGGGCACAGAGUGAGGGCAUGGUUUAAGUCUGCAUUGGGAGCAUCUGGGCCCAAUAACUUCUCUGAGACUCUUUCCUUGUUUACCAAACAGAGGGGGGUCACUCCGCUUGAUAGAAAACUGGAGGUCUGUCAAUGAGAAGUGCUUACGUGCAACGUUCUCCCCUGUACUUUGUAGCUAUAAUAACUAAAGCUAAAUGUUAUACCUUAUUUUAAAUGCAGUCCACCAUAGAAAUUAUAACAUUCCUUUUGAAAUGAAAAAACAUUUGCCUCCCCAAACUGUAGCUAAAGAUAAAGGGGCAAUAGUCAAUUUUUAUUUAAAAUAAAUUAUCAGUUGAGAUUUUUUUUUAAAAGGUUAAAGUAUCUAGACGAUCUUGAAAGAACUAUUAAAAUACUCGUACUUCAAUAGACCAAGGUUGGAAAAUUUGUUUUGCAACUUUGCAUAUUAAGAAAUGCUUCAAAGGUCCUACUUUUUCAUCUCAUUCCCUUUUCUAAGUGUCGUAGGAAGAGCUGGAAGCAUCUGCAUUAUAAGCCUUUCUCCAGCACAGAAGUGUGACUAGGGCUUUCCCAGAUUGAAAAGCCAGUUCCAAACAUCUGUUAAUGAGAGAACCAACACGUUUGAGUGGAUAAAUGUUUUUAAAAUAAAAUUGUCCUUGUUAAAGUGAAAUCUCAAACCACAUGGUAAAUCAACAAAAUGACUCUUUAAAUGGCUACCACUGGUUUUUCACACCCAGAAUCACAUUUCUUUAUGCAUUUGGGUUGGUCCUUCCUGCAAGUUUUCAAUGCCUGAUUCCCACACUCCCAUUCACAUGAACAUUGUAUGUUAGGCAGAGCUAACAUCAAAUUUUGGAAGGUUAUAACUUUGCAAUAUUAGACUCGUACUUUAAAGGAAUGAUUGGAAGCAAGUUGGGUAGAUUAAAACCCAACCCAAACCCAAGGGUUAAUAAUAAAGCAAACCCUCUCCUCGCGAAACUUAAGGUCAGUCUGUCUUCAAUCCACAUUAACAAACGCCAGCCGCGUUUAUUUAAUACCCACUGUGUGUCUGAAGCCACAAUGCAUCUGACAUUCACCUUCUCAACUGUGGAGUUGAAUCUUGAGCAAAUGCAGGUGCUUCUACUUUAUUCCUUUCCAUUUUAAAGACAGGUGACACUCGAUCAAUAACACCUUGAGUACUGGACAGUUAACUGCCUCUGUGAUGCCCAGAACCCAGUGCAGUGCCUGGUCUGUAGAAUAAGUGUUUAUUAAAUUAAAUCUCAGAGCUCCCUUCCGAGGGAUACUGCCAAGAGGUAAGGCUCUAAGCCUCUACCACGUCCACUGAGAGCAGAAUCUCUCAGCUGCUCACCACUCCAGAACCGUCUCCUGAGUUUAAAUAGAAAUUCUGUGUCUUCAUCUGCACCAGUCCUGAGAGCUAACAAUCUACGCUUAACAUUUCAGUUUUAAAACUUGGCUAAUUUUCAAUAGCACUUUGUCCAAAUUAAACUGUAGAAAUUUUAUGGAUUCAGGAGUAAAUGCGCUUGAUUAAUCAAACAAGCUGGAAAACUGUUAAUUUUUUUGCUGUUGUAAAUUGAUCACUGUAAUUUUCACUUUAUAUGUCAUAUAUUUUGUAUAUACAUGAACAUUUUAAUUUCGAUAGCUUCACAGCUUGAUGUAUGGUUACUUCGUGCAGUAAGUCGGUACUUUUUUCCACUUGUAACUACAAUUCAAUAAAACUUAAUCCUGUCUGCUCA